UCGGGACGCCAGGAGGAGCAUCGUGUGCGCCGCUCCAUGAAUGAAGCUGACCGCCAAACUUCCCCGAUUCAUUCAACUUGCAGAGGAAAUCUCCCCGCGUGGAAACAUCCCACGAUAGCUCGGUCUACCAGGUGGAAGCGUGCAUGUUGGUUCCUGUAGCUGGAAAUCCUACACAAUAUUGUGCAAAUACACCUCCAGCUGCAGCCGUUUGAUUGUGUGUGUGUGUGUGUGUGUGUGUGUGUGUAUGUGUGUGAGAGUGAGUGUGAGGAGCCUGUGUGUAACAUGUCCGUGUCAGUGAUCAUAAAAUGGGGAGGUCAGGAGUACUCCAUCAGCUCUCUGUCGGAGGAGGACACAGUGAUGGACCUGAAACAGUCCAUUAAGACCUUGACCGGGGUGCUACCGGAAAGACAGAAACUACUGGGACUCAAGGUCAAAGGUAAACCUGCAGAGGAUGUGGUGAAGCUGGGCGCUUUGAAGCUGAAGCCUAACACUAAGAUCAUGAUGAUGGGUACCAGAGAGGAGAGCCUGGAAGAGGUUUUAGCCCCUCCCCCAGAGAACGAUGAUGUGGUCAAUGAUUUUGAUAUUGAGGAGGAGGUCAUUGAAGUGGAGAACAGAGAGGAGAAUCUGGCAAAGAUUGCCCGCAGAGUGAAAGACUAUAAGGUGGAGGAGAUGAACCCUCCCAGGGAAGGCAAGGGGCUUCUGGUACUGGAUGUGGACUACACACUGUUCGAUCAUAAGUCGUGUGCGGAAACGGGUCAGGAGCUGAUGAGACCAUACCUCCACGAGUUUCUCACAUCGGCCUACGAGGACUACGACAUUGUCAUCUGGUCUGCUACGAGUAUGAAGUGGAUUGAUGCCAAAAUGAAAGAACUGGGAGUGACAGACAACCCUAACUACAAGAUUACGUUUAUGUUGGAUAGUGCAGCAAUGAUCACGGUACAUACCCCAAAGAGAGGAGUUGUGGAGGUGAAGCCGCUGGGCGUAAUAUGGGGGAAGUACGAAGAGUUUUACAAUAGGAGGAACACGAUUAUGUUUGAUGACAUCGGAAGGAAUUUUCUCAUGAACCCACAAAACGGACUAAAGAUUCGACCCUUUAUGAAGGCCCAUCUUAACAGAGAGAAGGACAGGGAACUCUAUAAACUGGCUCAGUACCUCAAAGAAAUCGCCAAGCUUGACGACCUCAGUGGACUCAACCACAAACACUGGGAGAGGUACCUAUCUAAGAGACAGCAUCACUGAGGAGGCCCUGCAUCAAAGACUCGGGCUGGACACUACUACCCCAUCAUCCAGUUCUCAAAUACACAAACUUGGCUGUUACGAGCCCUUUAUUACAACCCGCAAUACGAAUCCUACCCUAAAACCUGCAGACGCCGACUGUCAAAAGCUCUGGACCGAGAUGGGCUUUCCAAUUCCUAUCUUCGCAUGUUCUCACACAUUUCUUUGCCCUUAUUACAACCGUAACCCCAGUGACCACCCGUCUGUGUCAGUCCUUAGGGAUGCAUCGAUGUUGGAUAUCGGGCUACUGACCCAACAAGUUGGAUCUGGCCAAUCUAUAUAAUACAUACAAGUUUGGACCAAUUUCUUGAUACAUUUAAAAGGUUUACACAGGAAUUGUUACUUUUGAAGGUUUUUUUUACCAUGUAUUAUUUUAUUCCUGAAUAAAAAAUCCAUUAUAUGUAUAUAUUUAUGAUAUUUAUUAUUUUGGUUUUGAAGCAGAAGUUGGGAAAGCAAUGUUUAAGUCCAGCCUAAUGUUGCCUUAAUCAUAAAAAAAAUGAGCCUGCUUUUCACCUUACUGUGGUAAUCGCAUUAUAAAUUGAACACCAGUUUUGGAUCAAUACUCUGUAUCACCCGAUAUCCAAAGCCCAGGUGUUGGGGUGAAAAAAUGGUUGGAUCGUUGCAUCCCUAGUAAUCAUGAACCAGCCACAUGCCGCGGUCCACAGUGACCUACGAACUCCUACAAACCUCCUUCAGUCAAGUGUGGAAUAGACAUCUCGUUAAAUGGCACCUGAAAAUAUUUGAGAUCUUUUAAACCUCCUUGGCCUCCCAGAUGGUUUUCACCUUAUAAGAAGUUGCUUGUCUGUCACUAAAAAGUUGGCAUUCGUUGUCUUGACUACCAAGCCGCUCUGCUAUACCACGCAAGUAAGAAUGGAUACAAAUAUUCUUUUAUCAUGAAGUUAAGAUGUUUCCUAUUCCAUUUACUGAAGAGUGGAGAUUAACCAUCAAAAGACAAUAUUUCUAUUCCAAUAAUAUUUUGUUUGCACUGAGUUGGACUAAUUUCACAUAAAACAGAUCUAUAGUUUUACUGAAGUUGUUCUUGCAAGAUUAUUUUCUGCAAAGCUUAUUGAAAAAAUGUGGAAAAUUGAAAAGGUAAAUAAUGUUGAGAGAACUUUUCCCAAAUGCCCAAGACGUCCAUGUGCAUCAAACCUACCCCGUUUAACAUGUAAUAAUAUGCAAUAAUCCUCAAAGCUACUGUGACAUUAACAGCCAAGUUGAGAUUGAAACUGGUUGUUACGCAAAUGCUUUCACGGCGCACAAACAUAAUUUGUUUUGUUUAGUUUUCGUUAGCUGCUUCAUUACUGAAAUGAAUGCGUCUGCUCUUAUUGUCACGAUAAGAUACGGAUGAAGGAGGGGUUGUGUCGGGAGGCGGAUCCGUAUCCGAAUUCAUGAGCACCCAAAGUUCUUCAUCAGGGAUGUGAUUUUUAUUUUUAUUUUGUUGGAUUAACAGCUCUUGGAUAUUCAACUCCAUUUUGUUUCUUGAGAUCUGCCUUUUGUCUUUUCCUCAUCACAUCCUUAACAUCCUGGCUGUAAAUAUGACAAUAAACCUUUUUUUGUACCUAA